CGGCGAGACGCGGAAAUCAUCGUCGGAGCCCCGAGACUACUACGUAUGUAUGAGAGAUAGGCGAGUAUCGGCCAAGCGUUUGGAGCCCCACGACGAAUAAGUGCAAGGGGUCGCUACUUGAGUCCUGAGCCAAGCCAAUGCCGGCGUUCAGCGCUUUGAACACCGACGGCCCAAGCCAUCACGGUGGUCAUUUCCAAAUCGGGAAGCCUCUGAGCUGGCUCAGCGGCCCCGAUUCGGCAUCCCGAUUUGACCCCGACCCGAUUUGGUAGGGCUUGCUGUGUCGUCUUUUUGACAAGCGCAAUUUGCUCCGUCACCACCAGGCCAAGUGGUAUAUAUAUGCCGCGCACCGUCAGCCCAAUGGCCACACUUCCCCGUCUUGGACCCAGAUCCUCCGGAGACCGCACCAACGCUCUCUUUCUUAGACCAUUGCAUCGCAAGCCCGUCGGAUAAGAGCCGCCAUGCAAGACUACGCCUCCUGGUAUCCUCCGUGCUCUCCGUCAUCCUCGUCGUCAGGCUCGAGCCGUAGCUCGCCCGUCCACGCCGCGUCGCUCGUGGAUCCCUCCGCGCACUCCCCAGCCAUCAUGGAACUCAUUGACGUCAAGCUUUCUCGGCCGGUGAUCGACUACAUCGUCCAAUGCACCGCUGAUACGGUCGACCAUGCCAUCAGCCGCUCCCAGGGAUCUGCGGCCGCAGGGCACCACCAUCCCAUGACACGCGGCCGCCACACGAGCACGACGCGCCGCCGCUCGCCGUACCUCGCCAAGUUCGCAUCCUUCGCCGCGACGGUGCUGUCGCGCGCAGAGGUCGCGCUGCCGACGGCGCUCGUGACGCUCGUGUACAUCCACCGCGCGCGGCCGUUCCUAAACAUCGCGCUCGAGGAGUGGGCGCUCGAGCGUGUCUUCCUCGGCGCCCUGAUCGUCGCGAGCAAGUACGCGAACGACUCGACGCUGAAGAACGUGCACUGGGCGCUCUGCACGGGCGUGUUUGGAAAGCGUGAUGUGGGCCGGAUCGAGCGCGAGUUUCUCGAGGUGCUGGAUUGGGAGCUGAAUGUGAAGGAAGAGGAUGUGCUGAGGCAUCGGGAUGGGCUGAUGAGUGCGGUGCAUGGGGAUAUGUACCAAGUGGCCGUGGCACCCGUGCCGUCGUCCUCCCGAUCUCCUCCUUCCUCCUCCUCGUCAUCCACGUCACCGUCGUAUCCACCCUUCCGCCACCACUCCCGCUCUUCCUCGCUCGCCGUGCCCGAUCUCGAACCUUCGAGCCCCACCAGCAGCCUCGGCAGUCUCUCACCCCCAGAAACCCCUGACAUCCACGUGGACGUCUCCAGCACUGGCCGGCCGCACUACCAGUCGAACCGCCCCGGUGCCGCCAAGCCCAGCGCAAGCAACAACCUGAACGAUCUCCUGCGGGCGUUCCCCAUGCCCGGACACCAUCAUUUCCGUAUCGCGUGAGCGGCGGGCACACUCCCUCCAUGCUAUCUGCAUCGCCAUCAUUCUAACACACACACCCGCGAUCCGCGCACGCGCGCCUUUCGCCCAGCCCUGCGUAUAUGUACCACACCAUACACACGCGCGCGCGACCAGGUCGCCUGUCUGUCUCAGUGCACGGGCUCUGGCCGCGCGACGGACUGCACAGCUCCUGCCUAUCUAUCUCAUCACUCUCUGCCAGCCAGCCGGCUCCUCGCAUCGCACCACUCCUUCACAUCGCAUCGCAUUGCAUUUGUUACCAUCUAUUGUACACACACACCCCAUAUUUACAUCACUGUGCAUUACAUCUACCCAGAGCCCCGCGCUCCAAAUCAGAAUCUUGACUUGCCUCAUUCUGACUGAAUCUGCGUGGCCUGCGCGGUGCGCUUCUUCAAUCAAGUCAAAUCUAAGCUUGCCAAACAGCCUGCGAUGCGCCAACACUCUCGUUGUGGGGUAAGAAGUGAAGCGAAAUGGAGGUUUGAGCCCCGGGUUGAUAGAGUGGCCGCUGUGCAUGAAGUGGGAUAGAUGAAAGAGAGCGCAACGUCCCCACCCCCCUUCUUCUGAGGCGCAGGGUUUCUGAUUGAUGCGUGCUGUAAAGUCAAGCGCCGCUUCUGCCUUAUCUGCUAACGCUGCGCACAGUCCCCGCGUCGAGUAAGCUGGCGAGGCAAGUACGAUAGCCAUGUAAGUAGAACAGCAGACGUGUCAUGUGCCAGAUACCCGCCCGGAUACCCGCCACAGCCGUACGCCCUGUGCGAGGCCUGGCUGUCACUCGUUUUCUGGAAACGUCCUUUCGUGUCUGCAUUGGUAUCGGCAUCGGUAUCGGUAUCGCAAUCGGAAUCGGAAUCGGAGCCAGCCGCAGAUUGGGACGACGCUUGGCUUGGACCGACGACAAGUAAGGGACAAGCAAGUCUGCAGGCCAGGUAGCAUAAGCGGUAUCGGACCAAGCAAGCCCAAGGUCGUUCCAAGCGGAAUCCGAAGACCUUGAAAACCCGUGCCGGAGGGUGGUUAGAGUGGAUGGGGGUCUGGACCGCCGGGACCGCCGGCCCGGCGGGCCACGUCAGUCUCCGCGCUCCUCAACCGUGUCCAUGUGUGCGCCAAGGUAUGGUCGUCCGGCACGUGAAUUCCAGGUCGAGUGUGUAUGUGGACGGCGGUGGGUGCAUGGGGGAGAUGGAUUGCUCCCGCGCACCGUUGAGGACGGAGCGAGCGGGUUGGUUGGUUGGCUUCGACUCCGAGAAUUUCGAUCGAUUCAGCGCGGUGCGCGCGGUCGGCAGCUGAUUCCUUGCGCGACUCGGAGGGAUGCUCGCCCGCUGAGACAUCGAGGAGGGUAGAUUAUCAGACUGUGAUGGCUGAUUUGAACACUUUUGCGUAUAGCUACUCUUUCGAAACGUCCGAAAAUUGUUAUUCGUAUAUCUAAGCCUUAAAUCAUUUUAUCGUGG